AUGGGAAGUCCAACUGAGUCUUCAGCAAAGCCAGUACCAAUGGAAGAGAAUACAGAUAAAAAAUCAUUUAAAUCUCGUUUCAAAUUAUUGUUUCGUAAGAAAAAAGACAAAGUAACGAAGGCAGAACAGCUAAAAGAGAUACAUGAUCGUCACGAGCCUAAGAAAGAAACCAAAUCUGAUGAUUCUGAUGAUACUGAUGAAGUUAAACGCAUAGUUGAUAAAUUAAAAAAAGUUGACAUUGAGGACAAAGAACCUCAAAAAGAAGAAAAUAUUGACGAAGAAGAAGAAGAGAAUGAACUGGGCAAUUUUAAUAUCAAAGUAAUCACAGUAUCUAGAAAUGAAAGAAUACACUCGCAUUCUUCAGGUGACAGUGGGUUCUCAGAAAAAUCGGAGAACUCCGAUAAAUCAGAAAGCUUCGACAAAUUGCCGGAUUCAGAUAAAACCGAUGCGGACAAAUGUAAUGAUUUAGCCGAAGAUUUUGAUAAAUUAGGAUUAGAUGACGAGACACAUAAAUCGAAGAAACUGCAGAAAGUCCUUGUGAAGAGAGGUCCGACCAGAAACAAGUUAUGUGUAUACACUUCCCGGUGUCCUUAUCCAGCUCGAGACACAGACCCAUACAGACAGAUCAAUCAAAUUAACACGAAAACUCUCACAGGCGGCCAAGUCAUCGUUAACCAGUGCCAAAUACCUACCGACAAUUUAUCAGAAAUCGAUAUUGCAUGCGAAACAAUCCAACAAAACUCACAAUUCCUUCAAAACGAUCCGGAAAAAUACUUAGAAGACCUUUUAGAAUUCAUCCACGAAGAUACAAGUAAAAAUAUACAAAAUGACCAAGUCGACAUUCAAAAAUCGAAUCUUGGUAUGUCGCAAAACAAAAUGGCGGUUUUACUUGACGCGGAACAAAAAGCACAAGAAGAUUUUCUAUUGGCGGAUCUCGAGAAAAAAACUAUCGGCCAAGACGAAAUUCUUCAAUUAUUAAAAGAGAAUAAUUAUCAAGUACCACAAACGGAUCUAACACAGACAAAUCCCAUUGAAGAUAUUGUAAAUGACAGUAAUUUUGAGAAGGACAUGUAUAAUUAUAUUCAAACAGAGAUUAAUAGCAUGCCGAAAGAUGAUUAUUACAACGCUGCCUACACAUACCCAACGCCACCAAGAUCGGAAAACGAACGAAGCUCUAUGUCAGCCUCCCCAGCAUCAUUUUACCCUUCAAAUUCUGAAUACACUCUAUCUCCAGAAAGAUCUCCAAUAUACAACAGUGAUUACGAAAAAUACCAAUACAUACCUUCUUUUGAGGACGAAAAAGAGGCCACAGAUAAAAAAGCGCGUGAACGCACCGCCUCUAUCUCGUCUAUGACUAUGAAACAAUUCAAGGAUAUGCAAAAGGAGAUUGUAAAUUGUUUUGGGAAGAAAGAGUGUUGCCAAGUGAAUCGUAAAACUUGCCUCGAAAUGUUUCAAGAGCAUAUGCAGAAAUUAAAAAUGGUUGAAAGAAAGGACCUGUGUAUGAAAGUUGCUAAGUUAGAUAUCAAAGCAGCGUAUGGAGUUCUCCAUCACAUAUUACUGAGUCUGUCCCGUGGAUCGGAUCAAGAAGACCUCCAGUACGUACUGUUCAGCCUUAUCUGCGAAAGGGUCCUCGCUCAGGAUAUCUCCAUGUUUACGGGAGACGCUGGCCUCAGCCUUCUCAAAGCCACGGCCCUCCGCUGCCCUCACAGACCUCUUCUAACUAGAUAUUUGGUCCAAUGCAUCCGAACUGCCAUUAGCACCAACGCAAGUCUAGCCGCCGGGAAAGACUAUGUAUUUCAUGAGGUGGACGCACUUGGCGAUACUUUAAUUAUCGCGUGUGCUCGAGCCGGAGACAGGUGUUCUGAUGUUCUGUACGAACUCGUCAGAGCACACGCCGACCAACCACCUCUGUUCAAAUUGCACCACAACAAUGCUGACGGAUACACAGCAUUGCAUGUGGCCAGCAGUCAACAUAGCGCGGCCUCCCCUAAACUACACACUAUACACGUACUUCUAGAACAUGCUGGCUUCGAACUAACAGAAGGGGAUGUAAAAGGGAAAGACACGGCGCUCCAUCUAGCGGUAAAUAGCACGAAUUGCGACAUACAGCUCAUUCUUCUGAUGUUCAAACAUGUUGACAGAAAAGAGUGGAAGAAUCUGGCGCACUGUCCUAAUUUAAGUUCGAAAACCCCACUCGACCUAGCACGGCUAGCAACGAAAUCGACAUCACGACCCAACUACCCAACAGAGGGUGGUUUUUCUAAAAAAAUCCACCACGGAAGCAUCCGGGUACUAGGGCCUUCGCGCCCGGUCGCUCAGAUCGUCGGGACGAGCCGUGGGGGGAUCGGUGCGGGCAUAUACAACGACAAGAAGCCGCUGAUUGCUCCUGCAACAAGCAAGCUUAGGUAA